UCAAGUGCCCCCUCAAGCUGAAAGUCUUCUCAUGCUACUUAAGCAAUACCCUUGUAUGUGGCAAGGACUUCUGGCUCUUAAAAACGAUCAGGCAGCAGUACAAAUGUAUUUUGUUUCGGGCAACGAACAGGUGGCUAAGUGUAGUUUACCAAAAAACAUAGAUGGCUCCACACCGCCUUUAAGAAUAUUCCAGAGAAUGAGACUUGAACCUCCUCAAGUAGAAGGUGUUGCAAGAAAGAUGCAGGUAGUGUAUUCAAGUUUCUUUUUAUAACGAAAUUAACAAUGUUUUUACAAAAGAAAUAACAAUUGCAAUACUUAAUGAAAGAGAAGUUAAAACC